AUGCAGGCGCCUUCAGUGGCAGACGCGCUGCAGCAGGAUGCGGCAUGGGGAGACCACCUCGACCAGGCGCGGCGCCUGCGGCAGAUGGUGCAGCAGGCCUCAAAGCUGCUGCAGCAGCGGCUUGCUGCUAUGCCGCAAUGUGGCAACCUGGCACAGGCGCAGCCGCAACAGCAGCAGCAGCAGCAGCAGCAGCAACAGCAGCAGCAGGAGAACCACCAACACCAGCACUUCCACAAGCCACACCGUGCCGGCGGCAGCCUGGCCGCGCCGGAUGGGGCAUUUCGCAGCGGCGGCGGCAGGGCGCCCCUCCUCCCAAUGCCUGGCGCGCCGGCGCAGCAGCAGGACCGCAAGCGCGAUGCGGAUGGUGUUCCAAAGCAGCACACCAGUGGCGCAGGCGGCUGGAGCCAGCAGCAGCCUGCACAGGGCUGGCAGCAGCAGCAGCAACAACAGCAACGCCCGCCGCAGCGGCCGCAUGGCGGCUGGGGCCAGCAGCAGCAGCCGCAGCAGUUUCAAGCGGGCCCUGAUGAAAUUGAGGAGGACGACCAACCUGGACCCCCAGGAAAGCUGCAGAGCGGGCCUAGCGGCUGGAACCCGCGGCAAGCGGCGCAGCAGCAGAGAUCGUGGCAGCAGCCGCACCCGCCGCGCGCCGCGGGCGGCGCCGUCGCUGGCGGCGGGGCGGGGGCCGGGGGAGGUGGCCAGGAGCAGGAGGGCGCGCAGGGCCCUGGGGCGUUCACCACGGCGCGUCACCAGUACGCCUCUGACCUGCGCAAGAAAGGCCAGCACCAGGCGGCGGCGGCUGUCAUGAAUGCGCUCGACGCCAAUGGGCAGGGGGGCGGCGGCGGCGGCGGCCAGGGGGGCGAGGAGGGGCCGCUGUCGGCGCGGACACUGCAGAUGCUUGGAGCUGAGAAUGGGGAGCUGCCGCCAGAGCUGCAGAAGUGUGACCCCAAGCUGAUAGAGCAGGUGUGCAAUGACGUCAUCGACGCGGGCGGGGCCAUAUCGUGGGACGACAUUGCUGGGCUGCAGACAGCCAAGGACCUGAUCCGGGAGAUCGUGGUUUGGCCCAUGCUCAACCCCACCAUCUUCACGGGCCCCCGCGCGCCGCCCAAGGGCCUGCUGCUGUUCGGCCCCCCCGGCACCGGCAAGACGCUCAUCGGCAAGGCGGUGGCCUCCAACAUCAGCGCGGCCUUCUUCUCCAUCAGCGCCAGCAGCCUCACCAGCAAAUGGAUCGGGGAGGGCGAGAAGAUGGUGCGCACGCUGUUCGCAGUGGCGGGCGUGAUGCAGCCGUCUGUGAUCUUCAUUGACGAGAUCGAUUCGCUCAUGAGCGCCCGCAAGAGCGACGGCGAGCACGAGGCCAGCCGGCGCCUUAAGACUGAGAUGCUGGUGCAGAUGGAGGGUUGCGAUCCCUCCAGCACCAGCCGCCGCGUGCUGCUCAUCGGCACGACCAACAGGCCCGAGGAGUUGGAUGAGGCCGCGCGGCGCCGCAUGCCCAAGCAGCUGUACAUCCCGCUCCCCUGCGGCGAGGCGCGCCGCCAGAUGGUGCUGCGGCAGCUGGGGCCGGGCUGCAGCGUGGAGGCGCAGCUCAGCGGGGAGGACCUGGCGAAGGUGGUCGCAAAGACAGACGGCUACUCGGGCAGCGACAUGCGCAAUUUAAUCCAGGAGGCGUGCCAGGGCCCGGUGCGCGAGGCCGUGGUAGCGGCUGGCGGGGAGCGCGUGGCGCAGCUGCGGGGGGAGGACCUGCGGCCGGUGCGCCUGCGCGACUUCCAGGCGGCGUCGAAGGCCCAGCGUGCCAGUGUGACGCCAGCGGAAAUAGAGCGGUACGAGCAGUACAACGAGCGCCACGGCGCCAAGUACGUGCCGCUGGGGCAGCAGGACGACGCGGCGAUGGACGAGGACGGCUGGUGA